GACGACUCGCAAAAAACCAAUGUUAUUGAUUUCGAUCGAUAUUCGAAACUUACACAUUUACAACGUGCGGUAGCUUAUAUGCUUAGGUUUGCGCAUAACUGCCGCCCUUCAUCCAAUAAAACUACGGGUGUGCUACAACCUGAGGAGCUCGAGGUUUCGUUUAAAAAACUGGUCGCUUUGUCACAACAGGCUAGUUUCCCCCUUGAAUUGAAUUUGUUGCGUGACAAGCAACCUCUAGGCCCUAAAAGCCCUAUUUUAUCAUUGAACCCAUUUUACGAUGAAGACGACAAGCUUCUCAGAGUUGGUGGACGUCUGUCCUCGUCGUUUUAUCCAUUUGACAAACGUCACCCAAUGUUGUUACACUCUAAACAUAGAUUGACUAGAUUGCUGUUUCAACAGGAACACAUCCGUCUCCUGCACGCUCCUCCUCAGCUGCUUCUAGCCGCCGUUCGCGAGACGGUAUGGCCCGUAUCGGGGCGCACGCUUGCGCGUACCGUAUCGCAGCAAUGCGUGACCUGUCGCCGCGCAGCUGGCAACACUUCUGCUCCUUUGAUGGGCGCUCUGCCUUCUCAGCGCGUAACGCCUGAUUUCCCUUUCAUUAGUGUCGGCGUAGACUUCGCUGGGCCCUUUAUGACUACAGACAGGCAUGGCAGAGGUUGCAAAAUAACAAAGUGCUAUUUAGCUAUAUUUGUUUGUUUCCGGUACAAAUGUUUGCAUUUAGAGGCAGUAAGCACGCUGUCGACGGAUUCUUUCAUUCUUUCGCUGCGACGUUUUAUCUCUCGCAGAGGGCGACCUCGCGAGAUCUUCUGCGAUAAUGGACGUAAUUUUGUAGGAGCGGCCAAGGAAAUUAGCGAUUAUCUUUCUUCAAACUCAGACUCGGUUUGCAAUUUUGCAGCAAAUGAGGGAAUACAAUUUAAAUUCCAACCGGCAUAUGCUCCUCACUUUGGUGGUUUGUGGGAAGCAGGAGUCAAAUCGGCAAAAUUUCACCUCAAUCGUAUAUUAGGUAACGCUCAUUUAACCUAUGAAGAAUUGGCAACUCUCUUUAGUCAGGUAGAAUCUAUCCUUAACAGUCGUCCUUUAUGUCCUUUGUCGUCCUCACCAAACGAUUUCCAACCCUUAACCCCAGGUCACUUCAUCAUCGGCCGCGCGCUCACUUCGUUGCCGUCGCCCCACCUCGCGGAUAUAAAUCCAAACCGUUUAGAUAGGUUUCAGAGGCUCGAGGCAUUAAGACAGCACUUCUGGCGGCGCUGGCAAUUGGAAUACGUCUGCGAGCUCCAACAACGGACGAAGUGGCGUGUUCCAGGACGAGAUCUUCAACUGGGUGACCUGGUCCUCAUCAAGGAAGAGAAUACUCCUCCCCUACACUGGCGGCUUGGACGAAUCGCCAAAUUGUUUCCUGGCGCCGACGGGAUUUCGCGAGUGGCCGAAGUUGCCACAGUAACGGGCACUUAUAAACGAGGUGUGAAGUACCUCUGCCCACUGCUGGACGACACUCAUGAAGCCUUGAAGGCUGACGCCUCCAAGGGCCCCCAGGAUGUUGCGGCUCCUACCAACGAAGGGGAAGCGGGGACCGUACACCACUAAACCAGUUGGCCCAUCGGCCGCGCCCCCCGCCGUCUCUAUAGACGCCUAGCGAGCCAUUAGGCUCUGAGAUACACGCUCAUGUGCGCG